AUGCCUCACAUACAGCUCAACGUCAUUGUCGCCGGAGGAGGCAUUGCCGGGUUGACGGCAGCGCUGGCCCUGCGAAGACAAGGCCACGCCGUCACCGUCGUUGAAUCCUCGGCAUGGCUGCGAGAGGCUGGUCUGGCGGUCGCGGUGCCUCCCAACGCGACUCGCGCACUGAUCGGACUGGGUAUCGAGCCCAAGCGAGACGCCAAAGCCGCGGCGUUCCGAACCUCCCUGGAAUACCACUUCCUCAGCAAGGACACGAUCCCGAGAUUCGGCGAGGAUGGAGACAGCCGUCCGCUAACAUGGGCCCGCAGAGCCGCUGCUUCACACCUCAAGGACUUGUUCUUCCUGGCCCAUCGCAUUGACCUCCAUAACGCUCUCAAGGACAAAUGCACCAGUCCCGCCGGCCCUGGCAAACCCGUCGAGGUCCUCCUGUCAUCACGGGCUGUCAGCUGGGAUCCUACAGGCAGCAUCAAGCUACAAGAUGGAAGGGAAAUGCACGCCGACCUCAUCGUUGCAGCGGACGGCAUACACUCAGUGGCCCACGAAGCCGUCCUAGGCUACCGAGUCCCUGCCACUCCCAGCGGUGUGUCCACCAUGCGAUUCCUGCUCAGGACGGAAGACAUCUUGAACGAUCCCGCCACAGCCCAUGUCAUGGAUGACGGGCCCGGCAGCUUCACUUUCUACGUCAACGCGGAUCGCUCGACCUAUCUGGUCCGUUACCCGUGUCACAACGACGAGAUGCAGAACUUCGGCGCGUACACUGACCCUGGAAACAACACGACCGUGGUGGGCGAAAAGGUCAGCCGCGCCCUUCUACUCGAACGACUCAGCACUUUGCCGCCCGUCAUCCAAGCCCUUGGCCGCAAGGCCGACGACUACGUCUUUGACUGGAAGAUCGCCGACCGCGAACCCUUGCCGACAUACCACAAAGAUAGGCUGGUGCUGGUCGGAGACGCCGCACAUCCCAUGUGGCCUCGACAAGGCCAAGGGGCGGCCCAGUCGAUCGAAGACGCAGCCACGCUCGGCAUCCUGAUGAGCCAGCUGGAAGACGAGGCCGACAUCCCGAAACGGCUGGCGCUCUAUGACGAGCUGCGCGUGCCAAGGACGUCGAUCGUCCAGCAGUUGUCCCACUCGCGCGAGGAGGACCGUCAACCACAAGGUCCCGAAGACGCCGACAUGCCUCUGUCGGAGGAGUUCUCGGCCGUGUUCCGAAAGUUUUCGACGGGCGCCACUCCUCCAGGUAUGAUGAUGUCCAAUUCAGGCGGCAGGUAG